AUGUCACUUGAUUGUGAACAAGACGAGGUCCUUUCAAGAGAGGUGGAAACUGUCAUUUCCAUUUUUCCAGGAAUAGUGAGACAAGAAGCCGAUGUAUUAAAAGUGACAAUUAAGACCGAACUCACCAAUCCAAUUGAAGUCGUUUUUGUCGAGGACGAAUUCAUUCAACGUCCUUACAAAGACAAGAAGAGUGCUUUUCUCACAACGUUGUCAGACAUCACACUUGACAUUCCAACAGAUCCUCCUCUCCAAGACGGGGAGCUUCCCGACUUUGUAGUUCACUGCGACUGGAUUCCACCACCAGUUGCUUCUGAAAUAAUCAAAGAAAUGUUAGAUGAGUACGACACGAGUGGUGGGGUUGGUUUUGUGUUUAGUUGGGUGUCUUAUCUUUCCAACAUUUUUUCGACAUUUGAACUGUCGAAAAUCGAAAUUGAAAAAUUCACAGACUUUUCAGUUCCGCAUUUCAAAAAUUAUUUGGGGCUUCCAAAACACCUUCAGCGCGCUUUGAUUACUUUUCAAAUAGAAAGUGACAUCAAAGCCUUCAAAGAGAAGAAUGAGAGUGUCUGUAAUCACUGCAACAAAUUAAAAAGUUGCCAACACUUUGUUUGUGGCACCAAAUGUGGCCACUUCAUUUGCGAUGAGUGCGCAACAGAAAAGGUCAUUAAUUGCAACACGACCAAAACAAAAUGUUGUUGUGAUGUGUGUGGUACCGAAUUCACUUUAUUUGAGUUGGUUGGACACGUCGAUAAAUCUAUUAUUGAGGAAUACAACUCAACAUUGAUUUACUUGACUUUACUCGAAGAGGACGACAUUGUAGUGUGCCCCAACUGUACCGCUGCAAUAGAAAUCGAUCCACUUGAUAAAAAGAAGGAAAGAGACGUCUUCUGCCAACACUGCCAAACUGCCUUUUCUAUCAACAAAAAGCCGAUUAAAGUCGUUCAACCCGAACAACCCGAUGAUGAGAAUUUGAGUGAUGAUACAAGUAAGUACACCCCAUAUAAUUUACAGGGAAAAUCAGACUUCUCUUUGUUCUUCAAAAAGAAUAUUGAUGUCAUUACUAAUUUUGUACAACGGUCGUAUUCAAAUUAUAAAAACAAUUAUUAUUUUCGCGGCGAUCUCCCUUUGUUUUUCUACAUGAAUCCUUUCUUUGGCGACCAAAACACCCCAUUCAAAAAAUUGAUCAGCUCAUCUUUUCGACAAGUUCUCACACAAAGAGAUUGUAUGAAAAAAUCUUGUUUUAUGUGUUGGCACGGGACGUGGAGUUAUGAGAACGCUACUGGAAUCAUGCAGAAUGGAUUUGAUGUGAGAAGACGAAGUGGUCAAGCCUUUGGAAGAGGAGAGUAUUUUGGGAAUGAUAUUUCUGUGUGUUAUGGAUAUGGCAGUUACCUCAUAUUAACAUUGGUUCUGGAAGGUCCUGCAGUAUCUACAUUCAGUUUUGGAUUUGUUGUUGAUAACAAAACAACGGAGACGUAUUGCCUUCCUCUUGGGUUUGUCACAGACGAUCAAAAAGUUAUUGGAUCAUUCAAACGUGUGAAAAUCUUUCAACUUCGAAUCAAUACUGAUUUGUAUGAAGAAAUAAAUCAUCCCAAAAUUAAACGCAUAAAAAUGAAGUCCAAGUAUUCGUUGGUGUCACGAACAGGAAAGUCGUCGAAUUUGUCAUCGAAAGACUCAGACACAAUUGGUUUGAUUUUGAAAUCAAAUUGUAGUUCUGAAGUCUCUUGUCGACUAGACAUAGGAGAAUGUGUCAUCAAUGUCAAACGAAAAAUUUUAACGUGUGACUAUGAUGUGUUUUCAGUGAUAUGUAACAAUCAACAAUGA